AUGGGGAAGGAGGAGGGCGAGGGGCAGCAGCAGCGGGAGCAGCCGACGGCGGCGGAGGGAGGGGCAGGGGGAAGCGGCGGAGGAGGAAGAGGAGGGCGGUGUAGCGGUGGGUGCAGCGGAGCCGUGCGGCCGCAAUGCGCGGCCGCGCUCCUGCUCGGCGCCGCUGUGGCUCUCUCCGCGCUCUUCCUGCUGCCGCCCUUCGUGGGGCGCGGCGGCCGCGAGGCGGCGCGGGAUCCGGGCGCCGCGUUCGCAGCUGAUAUUGUGGCAAGCUUUAUGCUACAGAAGACAGUUUCUGAGUUGAGGGAAAGUACAUCUAAGCUUGAAUUCGAUAUCUAUGAGGAAGUUGGCAUUCCUAAUUCAACUGUGGCCAUAAAUUUUCUACAACCAUUAGGCUCAUCGAACUGGACAUAUGUGAUCUUCGCCAUUGUACCUUACCCAGUACACUCAACUAUAUCAUCAACUUGGUUGAGCAUUCUUAGGUCUUCUUUUAUGUCCUUGGUUGUGGAGCAGUCAACACUACACCUGACAGAGUCUCUAUUUGGGACCUCUUCAAAUUUUGAGGUGUUUAAGUUCCCUGGAGGAAUUACCAUUAUCCCUCCACAGGCUGCAUUUCUUCUUCAGAAACCCUAUGCAUCUUUCAACUUCACUCUGAAUUUCCCAAUGUACAAAGUACAGGAGAAAACAAAUGAGUUGAAAGACCAAAUGAAGUCUGGACUACGUCUCGAUCCCUAUGAGAACAUCUACAUCAAAUUGACGAAUUCAAAAGGUUCAACGGUUGCUCCUCCAACAAUUGUCCAGGCCUCCAUUGUUCUUGAAGUUGGGAAUCACCAGCCAUCCCUUCCAAGGAUGAAGCAGUUGGCCCAAACAAUUGCUAAUUCGUCGUCAGGAAACUUGGGACUGAAUCACACUGUGUUUGGCAGAGUAAAGCAGAUAAGCCUUUCAUCUUAUCUUAGACAUUCUUUGCACAGUGGGGGUGGUACUGACACACCUAGUCCAGCACCUAUGCCUUCUCAAGAUCAUCAUCAGCACCACCACCACCACCCACCACCACCAUCACCAUGA